UUCAAUCAUCGCCAUAUUUAUUUUCACUUUGUAAUAUUUCUUUGAUUUCUUGAGUUUUCUUUUCUUUUGUUGGCUGUUAUAAAUUUUGUUUACAAACAAACUCAUCCAAAAUGGAAGACCAAGGAGGAAGUUCUGGCCCCCGAGUGAGUGACAAACGGCUAGCGCAAACCCAAGCAAAAGUCGACGAAGUUGUCGGUAUCAUGCGUGUCAACGUAGAAAAGGUUUUGGAGAGGGAUCAGAAACUGUCGGAACUGGACAACCGCGCUGAUGCACUACAGCAUGGAGCCGAGCAGUUCGAGCAGCAAGCUGGUAAGCUGAAGCGAAAGUAUUGGUGGCAAAACAUGAAGAUGAUGUUGAUAAUUGGUGCCAUCGGCGCUGUUCUGCUUAUUAUCAUCAUCGUGUGGGCGAUCCCCUCUGGAGGCGGCAGCAGUGCCCCCGCCGUCACGCCAUCGCCCGACGCUGGACGAUAAUCGACAUUCAACCGCAUUUUCUCUACUGGAACAUUGUCAGCGCAAAGUAUUUAUAGAUUACAUUAAAUGUCAUGGCCUUGCCUGCUAUGAAAGUUUUUACACAAUUUAAGAUUACCUUUGCAGGUGUGUCUCAGUCUGUCUUUCAGAUGUUACAUUAAUGUCCAGGUUCUUAUUCAGUGAUAAGCCAGUCUGGCAGUCAAUUGUCUUGAAGAUUCUAGAUAAGAAUGUAUUCAUAUCUCUCAGUCAGAACCUACUGUUUCCUCAGAAUGACUCACCAUUGAUCACAAUAUGACUGAUUAUAAGUGAUACUUGGCACUAAAAACUUUACCUUUUAGCAGAAAUAAUAAUAGGAAGGAAAGUUGUUUUAACACAUUUCCAUAAAUUCAUAUAUGGUAAUUACGAGUAUUUUUAAUAACGAUUCAAAUUAUAUUUACAAUGUAUUUCAGAAAUAAAUGAAAAAUAACAUCUUUGUAAUAAUGUUUCAAAACUUUAGCUAACUCUUAAUAUAUUACUACUAUACAAACCACAUUUUAUACUCUCUUUAUUAGACUUAUACAAAUUAUAAAUGGCCAAUGAAAGUAAAUACUUUGUGAUACUAUUUAGUAUUAAAUGGAUAAAGGGUCUACCCUACAAAGCUUUAUGUCCGACUAUCGAACUGGUUCUAAGAAUGCACAAAUUACAAAACUUAUACAAUUGUUCCUAAAGUACUUUUAAAAUUAUAUAUUUCUGAAUGUUGCAAAAAAUUUAUGCUUGUUAGGUACUGUCAAGUUACUGUAAAAGCACAGUUUUUAAUAAGUGUUGUCUGUACUAAACUUAUCAAGUUAUCAUUAUCAAGUUAUCAAAUAUUAUAUGUUAAAGUUAAAGGGUAGGAUAUGGGAACUUAAGUUAUACUUAUCAUAAACAUGUAUUGUUUAUAAAAAUGCAUUUCAUUAAGUUAUGCUGCUAGUAGUAGCACAAAUGGGACCAAAUGCUACUUGAGUAUAGCAGGUCCAUUUAUCUAUUGGAUUGUCUCGGCAGAGGAUAAAUAAAUGUUUAUGUUUUAUACUAAAUUAAUAUGAAUAAAAACUACUAUUAUGUGUAAUCUUAGUUGUUUUGUAUUGUUUAAGAAGUAAUAAAUGUGUAUUGUAUUCUUCCA